AUGACUGCAUCUCAGAGCAAUGGCCAGAGCAAUGGCACUGCUGCGGCUGCGAACGGCCACUUGAACCAGGCCAUUACCUCUUCAGGAAGCACGAACGGUACGAAUGGCAAAGGCAAAAAGCUCAAGUUCCUCGUCAUCGGCGCCGGUUCGCGCGGCCAUGCCUACGCCGAAGCCGUCACGGACGCAACGUCGGCAGUCAUCCACGCCGUCGCGGAGCCACACACCUACAAGCGCCGUGAAUUCGGACAGAGAUUCAUCUGGGGUACCCAGGGCAAGCCAUCAGAGGGACAGGAAUUCACCGACUGGAAAGAAUGGCUGCAGUGGGAGCAGGAGCGUCGUCGCAAGAAGCAGCAGCAGCAGCAGCAGCAGCCAGACUCGGUCCCGGACGGCGUGGACGGCGUCUUCGUCUGCUCGCUCGACGAGACGCACGUCGAGAUCAUGACCGCCAUCGCCCCGCUGCAGCUGCACGUCCUCUGUGAGAAGCCCCUGGCGACGUCGCUGAGGGACUGUCUGGCCAUCUACCGCGCCUUCGUGCCCCGGGGCCAGGAAGACUCGGCCCCGUCCAAGGUCUUCUCCAUCGGCCAUGUGCUGCGCUACAGCCCGCACAACAUGCGUCUGCGCCAGCUCCUCCUGACCGACCGCGUCAUCGGCGACAUUGUCUCCAUCGAGCACACCGAGCCCGUCGGCUGGUGGCACUUUGCCCACAGCUACGUGCGCGGCAACUGGCGGCGCGAGACUUCCGAAGGCGUCGGCUCCCUGCUGACCAAGUCCUGCCACGACAUCGAUUUUAUCCUCUGGCUGCUUUCGUCUCCUCCGCCUGGUGCGCCCCGGGAUACUCCGCCGCAUGCACCGCGCUCAAUUUCGUCCACGGGCGUGCUGACCCAAUUCCGCCCGCAGCGGAAACCCGCCGCGGCGGGCUCCGCUACCAACUGCCUGUCCUGCCCGGCGGAGCGGAGCUGCAACUACAGCGCGCUCCGCAUCUACCGCGACCUGCAGCUGGCCAAAGGCGACACCGCCUGGCCCGUCAGCAUCGUCUGUCCGGACAUCGAAGACACGCUGAGGACGGCCGGCAUGUCCGCUGCCGAGGAGCUGCUCCUCCGCCGCCUGGGCGAGGACUACGACCGGGCGACGACGCCCGAUGCCGAGAUCGCCGCUCGCCCCUGGUACGGACGCUGCGUGUACGAAGCAGACAACAACGUGUGCGACGACCAGACGGUGACCAUCACAUGGGACGACGACGACUCGCCGACAACGAAAUCGCUGCCGUCGCGCAUCGCCAAAACGGCCACGCUGCACAUGAUCGCGCCGACGGAGAAGCAGUGCGAGCGCCGCGGCCGCGUGUACGGCACCGAGGGCGAACUCGAGUACGACAGCCGCACGAUCCGGAUCUACUCGUUCACGACGCGCAGCUUCACCACCAUCGAGAUCCCGCGCCAGCCGCCCAAGGAGGAGCGGUCCCACGGCGGCGGCGACUACGGGCUCACGCGCAUGUUCGUCGCGGCCGUCGACGCCGUCGAGAACCACGGCUGGGAUGUCCGUGACGCGCAGGCCCAUUUCGUCGGCUGCACGCUCGAGGAGGCCGUCCGGAGCCAUGCCGUGGUGUUUGCGGCCGAAGAGGCCCGGCGCGAGGAGAAGGUUGUCCGGUGGAAGGAGUGGUGGGAGGAGAAGUUGAAGUCGUUUGCUGUUGCGGCUGAUGAUGCAGGGAAGUCUGCUUUGGCUUUGUAG